AUGACUGACGUCGAAAGUGUUGAGAACAACGUGGUAAUCGAGGAGAAUACCGUGUUUGACCAAACCACAGCAAUACAGAAGGUUUUAAAGAAUGCGUUGGUUCACGAUGGGCUAAAAAUAGGAAUACGGGAAGUCAUCAAGUCUAUCGAAUCGAAGGAAGCAAAGGUUUGUUUCUUGUCUAACGUAUGUUCUGAGCCAGCAUAUAAAAAAUUAAUUACUGCCUUAUGUGCUGAAAAAAAUAUUCCCUUAUUUAUGAUUGAUAAUGACAGCAAGGAUUUAGGCCAAUGGGUUGGUCUGUUCAAAUUAGACAAAGAAGGAAAUGCCAGAAAAAUUAUUGGUGCAAGUUCCGUUUCCAUUAUUGACUUUGGUGAAGAAUCUGCAGAGAGAGACUUUUUAAUGCAACAGAAUCAGACACCAACCCCAGCCUAA